GACCUGUGAUGGCAGCAGAGCUCACACACACGCCUCUCCUCCUCUGGGAUCGAUCAGCUCCACACUCUUCGCUCUCUGAUCACUUGUAUUGACUGUAUAUCGAUAUCUGGAGCCGUGUUCGGGUCUGGGUCGGUGUCGGUCCGGUUCUAUCUGGUUUGUUCUAGUUCCGGCUGUUUGUUCCGGAACUUUUCUGACUCCGCGGAGCUCCAGCUAGCAGUUAGCUGUUAGCAUCUGUAGUUGCAGCGGAUCGAUAUUCUUCAGUCGGAACUUUUGUCCCCGAAGUUUCUGCUUCAGUCCCCAACCUCCUGCUGCUGUCCGACCCGAACUGUCCGUUCAGCACCGGGACUAGUCGGCCGGUUCGGUUCAGUCAGGAAGGCACCCAAGCUAACAGGCUAAGUGUUAGCCUGAGUUAGCAUCAGUUAGCAGCUAGCCACAGCUUUCUCCGUCUUCCUGAUGCCGACGAUGCUGGACAGAAACCCGGAGGCUCCCGGGAAGAGGAGAGGCCGAGCCCCGGCGGGCAGCGGCACCAGCGGUCCCGGAGCAGCAGCCAACCCGGGCGGUAAGAACCUGUCCGGUAACGGAACCAGCGCUAACAGCUGCUGGGAAGAAGGAAGUUCAGGAUCCAGCAGCGACGAGGAGCAUGGUGGAGGAGGGAUGCGGGUCGGACCGCAGUACCAGGCCGUGGUUCCGGACUUUGACCCGGACGUGGCCCAGGCUGCUCAGCUCAGAGAGAAUCUGGGGAUGUUGGUUUGGAUUCCCAGCAGCUGCCUGAAUCAGACUCAGUUGGACGAAUACAUUGCCAUCGCCAAAGAGAAACACGGAUACAACAUGGAGCAGGCUCUCGGGAUGCUCUUCUGGCACAAACACAACAUUGAGAAAUCUCUGGCCGACCUGCCGAACUUCACCCCGUUUCCUGACGAGUGGACGGUGGAGGACCGAGUUCUGUUCGAACAGGCCUUCAGCUUCCACGGGAAGAGCUUCCACCGCAUCCAGCAGAUGCUGCCUGAUAAGUCCAUGGCCAGUCUGGUUCGGUUUUAUUACUCCUGGAAGAAAAGUCGCAGUAAAACCAGUCUGAUGGACCGACAAACCCGAAAACACAAGAGAGAGCGAGACGACAGUGACGAUGAAGUUGAAGAAGGUAACGGGAAUCCUCCAAGCGACUCCGAGUUGGACGCCAAUAAAGACUAUAAGAAGGAGGUGAGUUCUGCAUCCGGGAGGUCGGAGGUGAAACCAGCUUCAGGUCUGAAGACAGGUGGGAAGGCUUCUCAGCGGAUGAAGAAACGUCCUCCCAGAGGAAUGUUUUUGAACCAGCAGGACGUCGUCUCUCUGUCGGCUUCAUCUGCUCAGGGACUCAUCAGACACCUGGACUGUCAGCUGGUGUCCAUCAAGAGACAGAUUCAGACCAUCAAACAGACAAACAGCACUCUGAAGGAGAAGCUCAGCUCAGGAGUUGAAGAGUUCAGGCAACCCGAGUUGAAUCAGAAAUUCAACAAUCGUUGGACCACAGAGGAGCAGCUACUUGCUGUACAAGCCAUCAGGAAGUAUGGGCGGGACUUCCAGGCAAUCUCAGAUGUGAUUGGCAAUAAGUCGGUGGUCCAGGUGAAGAACUUCCUGGUGAACUACAGACGGAGGUUUAACCUGGAUGAGGUUCUUCAGGAGUGGGAGGCUGAACAUGGGAUGGAGGGGGGAGGCGGGGGAGACAUGGGAGGAGAGGACGACAAGAUGGAGGAGAAAAUGGAGGUGUGUCCAGCUGAGGAGGACGAGGUCACCGCCAAGCAGACAAAAGAGGACUCGUCCUCACCUGUGGACGCUGAGAAGCCGCUGCCCUCCUGAGACUUCAGACUCCGCCCCCUGAUAUGUGCCCCGCCCCUGCCUCAAGCCCCGCCCUUCUGGGUUCUAUGAUGUAAUUUGUUUUAUUAUUAUGUGAUUUUAUUUUAUUUCUGUCUAUCAGCCGGGCUUCUGUCCAUCACCGAUCAGGUUUGUGUCAUGAACUAUCACCUAUCGUUGCUGCUCUUCUGGACCAAUCAGGAGUCAGACCUGACCUGUCAAUCGAAGGGGGAGGAGCCUGUUUUUGCUUUUAUUCUUUAUUUGUUAUGAAUUCCUUUUUCUUUGCAUCCUGUCUGCGUGUGUGUGUGUGUGUGUGUGUGUGUGUGUGUGUGUGUGUGUGUGUGUGUGUGUGUGUGUGUGUGUGUGUGUGUGUGUGUGUGUGUGUGUGU